AUGGCAAGUGUUUCAUGUAAUUCUUUUGUUAAUUCUGAUUGUCAAAAAUGGGUGGUUGAUUCAGGAGCUAAUCAACAUAUGACAACCUUUGAAUCACUUCUUCGUGAUCAUGUGGAUGUUUCUAAACUAAAUCCAAGAGUUAGUCAUCCUAAUGGCUCUUCUGCUCAAAUUAAUAAAGUAGGAAAUUUACAACUAUCAAAUUCUCUUAAAUUGUUUGAUGUCUUUGUUGUUCUUGAAUUUAAAAUUAACCUUGUGUCUAUUCAAAAAUUGUGUAAAGACACCUUUAAAACUGAUGUCCCAACUCAUCCUUCACAAGUGAAGACUCCACGUAAGUGGAAUGAAAAGUUACGUGCUGCUUUGUUUGGUUUUGGUUUUGGUUUUGGUUUUGCUCAAAGUAAUAAUGAGAUUGAAAUAGCCAAAGUCAAAGAUUUUCUUAAGUCACGGUCUUUGAUUAAAGACUUAGAGUUUUCUGAAGUUGUUCCUAUUAAUCUUUUUUGUGAUAAUGAUUCUACAAUAAAGUUGGCUUUAAAUCCAGUCUUUCAUGAUAAAACCAAACAGUUUGAAAUAGAUGUUCAUUUUAUUAGAGAAAAAAUUACAGAUGGUAUCAUUAGUCUUGUUAAAGUUGGGUCAGCUAAUCAAAUUGCUGAUAUUUUGACUAAGUCUCUUAGUUCUUUUCAACAUAAUAACAUGUAUGGAAAAAUGUGCUUGAUUGAUCCUUUCUUUGUAAAUUUAGUUUGCGGGUUCAUUUGUUCAGAAGUUGGAGGGUGUAGUAUGUAA